GCUCUCGUUGUUUGUUUACAAGCUGGGAACUUCCUGCCUUAGUAGCUUUGUCCAAAGUAAGCUAACCAGUUGAUUCAACUUUAUCUUUCAAGAUGGGAUGUGAUGGUGGCACGAUUCCUAAAAGACACGAGUUGGUGAAAGGCCCCAAAAAAGUAGAGAAGGUUGAUAGAAAUGCAGAGCGAGCUGCCAAAUGGAAAUACUGUGCCUUGAGCCAGGAGAAACUCAGACGCCCCAUUGUUUCCUGCGAGAUGGGAAGACUCUUCAACAAAGAUGCUAUCAUUGAAUAUCUUCUGGAUAAGACUGCUGAGAGACCCAAUAUGGAGGUUGUUACUCACAUCCGUGGGAUUAAGGAUAUUAAGGAGCUGAAUUUGACUGAUAACCCUGAGUGGGCGGGAGAGAGAAGUAAUACUAAAGGAGACGUAUAUGAGGACCUCCACUGCGGCAUGUUCAUUUGCCCUGUUGUUGGGUUGGAGAUGAAUGGCAAGCACAGGUUCUGUUACCUGCAGACUUGUGGCUGCGUCUUUUCUGACAGGGCCCUGAAAGAGAUCAAGACAGAUAUCUGCCACAAGUGCGGGGACUUGUUCAAAGAUGAGGAUCUUGUCGUGCUCAACGGCACUAAGGAGGAGGGGGAGAAGCUGAGGGAGAAGAUGGAACAAAAGCGGGCCAAAGCCAAAACUAAGAAGUCAAAGAAGAGCAAAGCAGCUGAAACAGUGGCCACACCAUCAGAGUCAAAAGACGACACCAAAGGUCCUGAAGUGGAUGGAAAGGAGAGCUCUCUACAAACUGAUGGUGAAAGCAGCCAGUCAGAUGUGGCCGGAACCUCCAGCUCCACUGAAGGCUCCAAAUUGUCGAAAUCCGCCGCCAGCAAGAGAUCCGUCCAGGAAAUGACAGAGAAAUCAGAAGUCUUCAAAUCCUUGUUCACCACCCACAGCUCUGCCAAGCGAACAAAAGCUCAGACAUCCAACUGGGUCACCCACACCCCGUAUCACUUCUAGAAGCUAUCACUCACAGCAAAGGUCGCCGUUUUUAGAUUGCUCCACAUAAUGCGACCCAUUACUGAUAGUUCUACACACCCAGCAGCAUCACACAGACGCACGCUCAUUACCCACAUGACCUGUAAUAAUGGCCCCAAAAGUCAGACUCAGUUCCCACUCGUCCCUUCAAUCCCCAGUAGCCCAGUGUUUACAUGUUGUGAACAUUUUGUUAAUAGCUCCCAAAGCUGUUCAGGCUAUGUGUUUUGUAACUUUCCUCCCCCAUGUAUUACCCAGGAUCCUCGUGUCCUUCGUCACAGGUGCUCUGAGGAUUGAUGCUUAGCUGAGUUUAUCAUCUCUGCCGCUCUGCUGUCUCCUAGUGGAGCUUUUCAGAGUGAUCUCUGCAGGAUUCAAUAAGUCGAGGCAGGUUCUGUAUAUAGGCUUGAAUUCACUCUCCAAUUAGUGCAAAACACUUCAAAAGGUCUCCAUCUUUAAAGCAGGUCCUGCUGUGUUGUUAAGUUUAUAUAUUUUAAAUAAAUUAAAACCAUUUGGUCAUUUUCACCCCCUCUUCCUUAAAACUUCUAUCAGUUUAAACGUUGCCCACAUUCAUAGCAGUCGACAUUUCAGUAAUUGUAUUCAUUUUACGUUUUAUUUUAUAUCUUUAAAAGUUGGUUAAAAAUUACUUUAAUACGUAAAUAAAGUUAAAGGCAUCUUCCUUCUUAAUUGAAACUUCUGAUACUUUUAAAUCACAACUGACACAUACAAAGACCCACACAACUAGUGUAGCAUGACAAUAAAACAUUAUAUUAGCUCUGUGAUCCUCCUCCCUCUUCAGCAUAACAAGCUUCAACAUUUUAAAUGUUUUUGCUCCAGUUUAUUGGAAAAUCUAGCAAAUUAAAAUGUCCAUGCCUUCUUCAGACAUUUCUUUUUUUUUUAGGGGUAUCAUAAUGUGUUCUUCUUGUUGGCUUUUAGACAACAUAUAUUUUUUCCUGCAUGUAACAAGCAAAAUAAAUGUUAUUCAAUCUGAUUAAUUUGA